AUGGCUGAGCUGUCGCGAUCGUCAUUCGUGCCGGGAGGUGUCCUGGAGACAUGGGCCAGGGAGGCAGGCAGGAGACAUGGAGCACAAGAAAAUCAUGCUCCUUUCUUCGAGAGCGAGGAGUGUGGAGGACGCUUGCAGGGGCUGGAGGUGGCGGCUUGCGGAGGCGGCGAGGGGGCGGAGGAGGAGCUCGAGUGGCUGUCCAACAAGGACGCGUUCCCGGCAGUGGAGGAGAUGGACCUGGAGCUAGCGGUGAUGGGGGCCCGUCGGGCCCAGGAGGAGCUCGAGUCGCUGCCCAACAAGGACGCAUUCCCGACGGUGGAGGAGAUGGAGCAGGAACCAGCGGUGAUGGGGUCUCGGAGGAAGGUGGUGCGCCGGCGGCGCGGGGCGAUGUCGGCUAGGCCGGGGCAGCGGCGGUGCAGGCACUGCGGGACGACGAAGACGCCGCAGUGGCACAGGGGGGCAGCGGGCUGCCGCACGUUGUGCAACGCGUGUGGCGUGCGGUACAAAAGGGAACGCCCGGAGUAUGCACCCUCUCAUCAGGAGGGACUGGAGGUUGGCGGCGGCGAGGCGUUGGAGACUAUGGAGGCGGAGCCGUCGGAGGUGGGGUCUCAGACGAAGAGGGUGGUGCGCCAGCGACGGACUUUGGCGUGGCCUCCGACAGCGGCUGAGCCGGAGCAGCGGUGGUGCCAGCACUGCGGGAAGAUGAAGAAGCCGCGAUGGCGCGAGGGGGCGGCUGCGGAGCAGGAGCGGGAGUGGCUGUUGAACAAGAACGUCCCGGCGGUGGAGACAGUGGAGCCGAAGCCAUCGGUGGUGGCGCCUCGGACGGAGGGGGUGGUGUCGCCGGCGCUUUCUGACCUGGGGCAGCGGCUGUGCCGGCACUGUGGGACGGCGGAGACGCCGCAAUGGCGCGAGGGACCGGAGGGCCGCAAGACGCUGUGCAAUGCGUGCGGCGUGCGGUACAGGGCCGGCCGCCUGGUGCCGGAGUACCGGCCGCUGCGCAGCCCCACCUUCUCCCCGGAGCUGCACUCCAACAGGCACAGCCGCGUCGCCCAUAUGCGCCCUGCCGGGGCUCCUCAUCCACUGCCGCCGGACAAGUGAAGUGUUGACAGUGGUUUCUGCCGUUUGGAGAUUUAUUUAUGUUUUGGGUUUAAAGACCUACUGCUCUAUCUACACUUCAUUAGCACAAAAUGAUUUAGAAUAAGUAGUAGGAGUACCUUGGUUUUGGUGGUAAAGGACAUCCAGUUUUUGGUGGUUCUUGGCUUUUAUGGUCAAUGUUCCAAUAAGCAGGAACUUGCUUGAUCUU